AGGAGCACCAAUCACCGCUCGGAGUGGCGACUCACCGCCAGCAGACAAGUGGCGCGCACGCAGCACCGCGCUACCGAUUAAAAUAACAAAAGAUAAAUACGAAAUUAAUACUAUUAAUGAGAUAAAACGAUUAGUGACGAAUAUUAUAUCCAAGAUGGAACACGGAAAGUAUGCUUGACGGAUUAUAAACUUUUUUUUUGUUAAAUUAUCGAAGUGGUAACGAUGGGCAAAGAAAGCGAUAUCGACUUGGAUGAGGUCCUGGUGGAGGUGGGGCAGAUCGGCCGUUUCCAGAUUCGGACCUACUGUUUCAUUUUAAUACCGAUUCUAUUCAGCGCUGUGUACAACAGUCAAUAUAUCUUUGCAGCGGCCAACGUUCCUUACAGAUGUCGAGUGCCAGAGUGCGAAGCCAAGCCGCCGAAGUUCGAAACCAAUGGGUGGGGCAGCUGGGCUCUUCCAGAUGGAGCAGGACGCUGCGAGCGCUUCGUGCCGAUAGGGACUACAUGUGCUCCAGAGUCCUUCCACCAGACCAACACUAAAAUAUGCACCGCUUGGGUUUAUGAACAUAGCGACAGCAUUGUGGCUACGUUUGAUCUCGCCUGUGAAGAAUGGAAGCGGACGCUGGUGGGAACCUUGCACAGCGCCGGGCUGUUCUUUGCAUUACCGCUCACAGCGUUCAUAUCCGACACAUUCGGACGCCGCGUGGCGUUUAUUUCAACGGCCGUAGCUCCAGCUUUCGUGGGUCUGGGACGCUCCUUCUCACAGAACUACAUUACUUACGUGAUCCUUGAGUUCUUAGAAGCGGUCCUUGGCGCUGGAGUAUAUAGCUCAGGAUUUAUUCUUGCUCUUGAAAUGAUGGGUCUCAACCGACGGGUCCUCGGAGGCAAUAUAAUCUCAUGCACGUUCGCCAUCGGACAGGCCGUCGUCGCACUGAUAGCGUGGGCAGUACCUGAGUGGAGAACACUUACAAGGAUUAUAUACACGCCAUCAUUUAUUUUUGUAUUAUAUUUCUUCUUAAUCGAAGAGAGUGUACGAUGGCUUUUAAGCAAAGGAAAUAAGAAGGAGGCUGCUAGAAUUAUAUUCAAAGCAGCAGCUAUCAAUAACAGAAAGUUGUCUCCCGAAACAAUCAAACAAUUAACCGAAGAAUCUCCUUCGGGCCAGGAUGCUACAAAAAGAACAGCUGAGCCUCAAGAGAAGCAGACAUCUCUUGCACUACAGGUCUUAAAGUCUAGAGUGCUUAUGACGAGAUUAUGUAUAUGUUCAUUCUGGUGGAUCACAGUUACGUUCAUUUACUACGGACUCUCUAUAAACUCGGUGUCGUUAGCUGGAAACAGCUACGUGAAUUACAUAUUGACGGCUUUGGUGGAGAUUCCUGGAUAUUGCAUGAGCGUUUUAACACUAGAUCGCUUCGGAAGGAAGAGUUCCAUAAUGACGGCAUUUUUCUUAUGCGGAAUCUCUCUCGUCAUUUUACCCUUCGUUCCUGAAAAUCUGCAAUGGUUACAAACGUGCCUCAGCUUGCUGGGUAAGCUGUCCAUCAGUAUGGCAUUCAGCAGUAUUUACAUUUACACGUCUGAGCUGUACCCCACCACGCUUCGACAUAGUCUUGUGGCCGUGUGCUCUAUGUGCGGCAGGAUUGGACAGAUCAUUGCUCCGCAGACUCCAUUACUGAUGGCAUACAUGGAAGCUCUCCCGUACCUGGUGUUCGGGGCGAUGGCUGCCAUGUCAGCGCUGCUGAUGCUCCUCACACCUGAGACGCUGCAUAUGCGGCUGCCGGACACAGUCAAACAGGCUGAAAGGAUCGCCACCGCACCGCGGACCAGCCGCGCGACCGACAUCAUUGUAGAUUAAUUAACGUGACACUUAAUGUAAUGAUAAAUAAAAUUAUUUAAUAUAAUUAUGAAGAGUACAAAAUAUCAAUAUCAGUCGACUUAAGGACAUCCAUGACAUAAUCUUUUUGCAAAGUUGAAACAGUAGUUGUAGUCAAUAUAAUCGUAUUUUGUAAAACAAUAAAGUCGAAAUCCUCAAUUAACUUUUCACACUUAUUUAAAUAAAACUUUCAAGAAGAAUAUAUUUAAUGUGUUAUACAAGCUAUUUUUCAAUAGUUGAAGUUGCGACCGAACUUAGUCCAGCCAGUGAAUGCUCAAAGGCCGUAGUUUCCUCAUUAAAUGUAGUCAUCAGCUGUUGAUCACUAAAAUGAAAGGUUUGAAGUCCAAAGUUUUAGUAGCGUUUUAAACAACACGGCGACCAAUUUUCGAUCGCAGCAUCACUUAGAAAGUAAAAUUUUUGUAUUUUGUUGAUUCACACUUUCCUGUUUAGUCAUUAGUAUUAAAUAUGUACGGUAAUUUUACUUUUUUAUUUUAAGAAAUAUUUAAGAUGACUUA